AUGGCUCGAUAUAAAAUGUCAAGGAAAACCAUCCUAAUUUUACUCAGUCUUUUUAUUGUUAUAUUUGUGAUAUCUUCAAGUUUUGCAUCUCCUACUAGUGGAAAUAAGAUUACAUUAUAUAAACGUCAAGAUGCACCAAAAGAUGCACCAAAAGACGCUCCAAAAGAUGCUCCAAAAGAUGCUCCAAAAGAUGCUCCAAAAGAUGCUAAAAAUGCUGCACCAAAAGAUGCACCAAAAGAUGUUCCAAAGGACGCACCAAAAGAUGCUCCAAAAGAUGCUCCAAAGGACGCACCAAAGGAUGCUCCAAAGGAUGCUCCAAAGGAUGCUGCACCAAAGGAGGGUGCCCCAAAGGAUGCCCCAAAGGAUGCCCCAAAGGAUGCUCCUAAGGAUGCUCCUAAGGAUGCUCCAAAGGACGCUCCAAAAGACGUUGCAAAAGAUGUAAAAGCUCCUGAAGCUAAUAAUCCAAUUAAAGAUCCACAACCAGGUAAAACAAAAGUUCCUAAAACCCCUAAAACCCCUGUUGAUUCAAAAAACCCCACCUCACCUAAAGAUACAAAAUCACCUGAUAAUAAAAAUAAUGAUAAUAAAACUCCUGAUUCCCCAAAAUUAAACCCCAAAAUUCUCGUCCCUGUACCUAAAUCAAAUAAUGAUAAUAAAACUAAAUUACCACCCAAAAUUCCAGGAGAUGCCAAGAAUCCUACUAAUCCCGCCGAUGGUAAUAUACCUAAAAUCAACGAUGGUAAAACUCCUGACAUUCCUAAAGAUGGUAAAACCGUAGUUCCUCCUCCAGCCGAUCCAGCUAAUCCAGUCAACCCAGCUAACCCAGCUAACCCAGCUAAUCCAGCUAACCCAGCUAAUCCAGCUAAUCCUCCCCCAGAAUCAGCUUUCCCCCCAGCUGAUAAUAAAACUCCUCAAUCCAAAAAUCCUGGCACAAAUCCUGACGGUAAGACUCAAGAUCCUAAAGCCGUUCCUCCUCCUCCUCCUUCUAAAACUCCUUCUAAUGAUACCCUUCCUAAUAUCCCUCCUAAUACUACUCCUAAUACUCCUGAUACUCCUGAAACUUCCAAUCCUCCUGAUACUCCUGAUACUUCUAAUCCACCUAAUCCACCUAAUCCUAAUCCUCCUAAAACUCCUAAAGCUCCCCCCAAGACUCCUAAAGAUGAUACUCCUCAACCUGCCAUUACACCAUUUCCAAAAGCAGCACCACCAGCCAAUCCUCCGCCUACGAAAGGUCCUGCCCAAAAAUUCAGUACUUUCACAACUUUAGUUUCUUCGACUUCGGAUGUACCAGGCUUUAAGACAAUGGUCCCCACAACGAUAAAUGGUGUCGCUACUGUUGUAGAAGUUAACGUUCCACCAUCAAAAACAGUUGUAGUCCAAAAAGUUGUCACAAGUGUACCUGUUGAAUCACUCACAGAUGAAGGAUCUAACGGACAAAUUAAUAGAGGUUUUAUAGGAAUUGGUUUGAGUUUAAUUAUUGGUAUGAUUAGUGCAUUAUUCAUGUUAAUAGCAUAG